AUGGCCUGUCUUAUGGUCGAUGAUUAUGACUACGAAAUUUUUGAAGUCACUAACACUUCUCAGUGUAAUUGCUCAGAUCCUGCAUUUUGGUACAAUGAACUAUGCAACUGCGACUAUCCGCAAGCCCCGCCGUCCCCCCUGUACGAUGCCCUGCCUUUAGGCAUGUGGUACGGUGUGGUGUUUGUUCUUGGAGCACUUGGCAAUUCCAUGGUUAUCGCAGUGGUCAGCAUAUACAAGAGAAUGCGUAGUCUGACCAAUAUUUUUUUGGCAAGCUUAUCCACUGCUGACCUGCUCAUCAUUCUAUUUUGUAUUCCCGUUCAGUACAUGAAAUACUUAUCUUAUUCGUGGUUCUUGGGAAAGUUCUUAUGCAUCUGGUUCCACUACGUUCAACUGUUCACGAUGAUAUGUUCUGUCUUGACCUUAACAGUUAUCAGCUUCGAAAGAUAUAUGGCUGUCGCGUUUCCAAUGAAGAUCAUAUGGUUGCGGUCGACAUGCAGAGCCAGGAAGACAGUACUAAUUAUUUGGUUGCUGUCUGCCAUCCUGGCGACACCGCUAAUUUUUGGGCAGGUAACCAGACUGCCAAUUCAAUUCAGAGUCAUUCAUAAAAAGAUAUUCGUUUUGUACCAAUUUCUGCUCCUGUACCUCAUCCCACUAGCCACUAUGGCCGUAUGCUAUGCGCUAUUGGUUCGUGUGCUUUAUUUUUCAAACAGAGAUCCGUUCUUGGGCAUCACGCCUGCUCCAGAUUCAGCCAAUCAUUCGAUGAAUACAACGCUUCUUAAUUCAAAGCGAAAUAUACAAAAGAUCGUGCAAAUGCUUGUGGCCGUUGUUUCGCUGUUCAUCAUUUGUUGGACACCGUAUUUAGUAGACGAAUUCCUGGUCGCAUUCGGCUACUUGUGCCACACAAGUCCAACAGAGACGCUCAAAUACAUGCGCAUGACAUUUGCCAUAAUGAAAUUUUCGAACUCUUGCGUCAAUCCGAUUGUGUAUGCUUUUAUGUCCAGGCAUUUCCGCAGAACUUUCGUGUCAGUAUGUGGCAAUGUUUGCUGCUUCAAGAGACACUGGAAAAACUCCGCUCUCUCCUUAAAGAGGCACAGUCAAAUGGAAAUUAACUCAGUACUUCAGAAAUAA